AAUCUACCGUCCUGCUGCCAUGUUGGAUUGAAGGAUCGUUUUGCUUUGGGAGUUCGGGAUGAAAGUUUAUAUUAUGCAGUCUGUCAAAAGUGGAAGAAUUAAAGCAUAAAUAACCCACAGGAGUUAACGAGUCGCAUCUGCAUCGCCCGUGCAUUGAGGGCAACACUGCAUCGGUCUACUUGUAAGCGGAAUUCCUUACGGGAUGAACCGAGCGCAGGCCAUGUUGAUCUGUGAUUGCACAUAAAAUAAUCUAAUACGAGACAAACGCUCGAGUUCAUCCGCCUCAUCCGUCAACAUGAGCGGCCACCCGCCCCAGAGGAGGGUGGCAAAUGUGGGCUCUCUGCUUCUGACCCCGCAGGAGAACGACUGUCUCUUCAACUACCUGGGCAGGAAAUGCAUCACAUUGUGCUCAGCGGUGGUCCAGGUGUACGGGGCAGACAGGGGCUCGUCCUGGGUCAAGAGGUGCUGUGGCGUGGCCUGUUUGGUGAAAGACAACCCUCAAAGGUCUUAUUUUAUCCGUGUCUUUGAUAUCAAGGAUGGAAAAACAAAGUUUGAGCAGGAGCUCUACAAUAAUUUUGCGUUCAAUAGUUCGAGAUCUUACUUCGUUACCUUCGCAGGAGAUUCUUGUCAGAUGGGCCUCAACUUUGCCAGUGAAGAGGAAGCCAAACGAUUUCGGAGUGCACUCAACGAACUGCUCAACAGACGACAGAGGAAAACCGAGAAAAGGCGUGACCCACCAAAUGGACCCACUCUCCCGAUGGCGACGGUGGACAUCAAGAAUCCGGAGAUAAACAACGUGCGCUUCCACAACAAUUCCCACGUGAAUAACAUGGUGCACAGUAGCCUUACCAAGAAGGAAAAGAAGGUCAAGGGCAAGAGGAAGAAGUUGACAAAGGCUGACAUUGGGACACCAAGCAACUUCCAGCACAUCGGUCAUGUAGGAUGGGAUCCGAACACAGGCUUCGAUUUGAAUAAUUUGGACCCGGAGCUGAAGAACCUGUUUGACAUGUGUGGCAUCUCUGAGGCCCAGCUCAAAGACAAGGAGACGUCUAAGGUCAUCUACGACUUCAUUGAGAAGAAGGGCGGCGUAGAGGCUGUGAAGAAUGAGCUGAGGAGACAAGCACCUCCGCCUCCACCCUCCCGGGGUGGCCCGCCUCCCCCACCCCCUCCUCAUACUUCGGGGCCCCCACCUCCCCCACCCCCAUUGCGGGGGCGAGGAGCCCCACCACCCCCUCCACCUUCAAGGGCACCCACAAGCGCUCCCCCUCCGCCGCCUCCAUCCCGGCCAAGUAUGGGAGCGCCUCCACCACCUCCUCCCAGCAGAGGGCAUCCACCUCCCCCUCCACCUGUCCCGGCCUCCAUGCCACCUCCCCCACCGCCACCACCUCCAUCUGGAGGAGCUGCCCCUCCUCCACCUCCUCCUCCACCCCCUCCUCCUGGACCACCUCCACCUCCUGAAAUGGAUGGAGGCCACAGCGAAUCAACGCCCUCGCCCAUGGGCGGGAAGUCAGCUUUGCUGGAUCAAAUCAGGGAGGGCACUCAGCUAAAGAAAGUGGAGCAAAACAACAGGCCAGUGUCGUCCACAGGACGUGACGCGCUGCUCGACCAGAUUCGACAGGGCAUCCAGCUCAAAACGGUAUCAGAUAAUGACUCAGGACCACCCACCCCUGCUCAGUCAGCGGGCAUUGUUGGAGCUCUGAUGGAGGUGAUGCAGAAGAGGAGCAAAGCCAUCCACUCCUCAGAUGAAGAUGAGGAUGACGACGAUGAAGAAGACUUUGAGGAUGAUGACGAAUGGGAUGAUUAAUCCCUCAACACUAACCCCACCCUGUAGAGUAAAUGAUACUAAAUUCUCACUUCCCCAAAUUUUACUCUCAUUCUGUUUUUUGUUUUCUUUUUUUUUUUCAAAAUCGCUGUAUAUUUUUGUUGCCUUUUUGCUUUUUUUUUAAUAAUCUGUGCAAUACCUCAUGUAAUCUGUAAAGUUUUGUCAUUUAUCCUCUGUAAAAUAAUGUCCUGGAAUAACCAUGUGAAGUUUAAUGCCAGGAUUCAUGAUUUGUUGACCUGAAUGUUUUUGUUUCCCUGUGAGUGGGGAAAGGGAGAUGGACGGGACGCUUGAUGUCCUUAUUAAUUGUUGAUUAAUGAUUUAGAUAACACUAUUUUCAUACCCUACUUUUCUGUACCUUCGAUUUUUCUUAUUCAAAUCCUAGUUUAGCAUUCUUAGAUUUGGUAAGAGGUUCUCCUAUCAGAAUAUGUAUGUCCCCUGUAUUGUUUCCCUUGUAAAUGUACACCAGGCUGUUAUAUUGAGGCUAUAUAUAUUUUUGCACGAAUAACGAAACGGAAAUUCACUGCAGGAUGAGAACACAUUGGCUGAACACUAAAUAUGAUUUCUGUGGUAAUCACUAUCAGCGUCACACUACAUUGCACGUCACAAAGUAGACAGUUUUGGAGUUUUUGAUUUCACUUUAUUAACAAGAAAAUAAUAUAUGGUGAAUUCAAACCGGCAAAGUCAUGAGUACAGCUUGCUCCUGAAUGUGAAAAGCCAUCAAUUCACAAAUACAGAAUUUCCAGUCAUAUCAAGAGAAAAUGAAAAAGAAAAAAAAAAAGCACUUCACAAAGUACAGUUUAAACUUCCAUUUGUUACAAGCUUUUACAGGUCAAUGCUUGGACUGACAACUACAUUUAAGGUAAAGGAAAAAAACAAACCUUUGUGUACAAUUAAUGCUGGUUUAACAGUAUUGUCUGUCUGAACUGAAUUUUCUGUUCUUGUCCGUUAAGGAAAGUGAUGAAAAAUUUGUAAAAUUGACAUCAAAUCUUACAAAAGGGUUGGAAUGUGGAAUGAAAACACUAAAUUCUAUACUUAAAUAAAUGGUAAUAUUUACAAACCUGA